AUGGAAGUAGCAAUAAUAGGAGCGGGUAUUUCAGGUUUGGCUGCGGCUGUUACCUUGGUAAGAUCGGGUUUCGAAAGGAUAACAAUCUAUGAGGCUCAAGAUUAUAUCGGUGGAAGGAUUAAAUCAAUUAAACAUGACGAUGGUUAUCUCGAACUGGGAGCUCAAUGGGUUCAUGGUCAAGAGGGAAAUAAGGUCUUUGAAAUGGCCUCACAACGCGAUUUGAUUGCUCCCGAUGCGAGCGUUGAAGGCGAGGGACAUUUUUGUACUCAAAAUGGUCAAAAGAUAGAUUACAAUCUAGUCAACCAAGUGAUUAUUUUUCUCGACACAAUUAAAACAUCUCUUUCUAAUGGUGAUUACAAGAAAGAUUUUCAAAGAGUCUUGAAUAAUGGUGUUGAUAACAAUCUCGAUUCAUCUAAUUUGCCUGAUGUAAUUUCAGUCGGUGAGGUGUUUAGAACUGCGUUCGGUAAAUGGAUUGCGGGUAAAAAGUUUAAAUCUCCUCAAGAUGCUAAAUUAACCCAAGGGAUCUUCGAUUGGUUCAUUAAAUUUGAAUCAAUCGACAAUUCCUGCUCUUCAUUGGAUCAAUUGUCUGCAAUGUCUUAUGCAAAUUAUCAUGAAUGUGAUGGUGUCCCACUGAACAACUUUAAAUCAGGCUACUCGUCUUUCAUUAAUUCACUGGUUGAAGAUAUUCCUCAAGUGCUAAUUAAAACCUCUUGUCCAAUAUCACAAAUCAUUUAUCCUUCCAAAAGUUCAAACAAUUGUAAUCAGGUAACUCUAAUUCUCGAGGAUGGAUCAAUAGUCAAUCCAAAUCAUGUUAUAAUUACCAAUCCAAUUGGAUUUCUUAAAAAUAAUAUGGAUACAUUUUUCCAGCCCCAAUUACCUUUGAACAAACGUCUCAUAAUUUCAACCAUGGGAUUUGAUUCGGUGAAUAAAAUCUACAUGGUCUUCGAGAAACCUUUCUGGCAACCCUGUGAUCUUGGAUUUCAACUGAUUUGGUGUAACGAUAAUGGGAAAAUAAUUAACAAUGAUGAUGAACAAGAAUAUCCUCCUUGGGUCUAUGAUGUUUCAGGAAUUGACACUGUUUAUGGUCAACCCAAUAUUUUGGUUGCUUGGAUUGGUCGUAAAGGAGCAGAAUUAAUAGAAAAGGAAGAUGAUCAAUCAUUAAUUACCAUUUUCCAUUCACUAUUAACUAAUUUCCUCUCAUCGGUGAUCCAUCAUAAUGAGAUACCCAAACCGGUUAGAAUAAUUCGGUCCGCUUGGUAUUCUAAUAACUAUAUUUGUGGAUCUUAUUCUCAUCGAACAGUUAAUUUUGCCAAAUUAAAUGCUUCUCUUGAUGAAUUAACCAAACCUUUAACCAUCUCAUAUCAACUCGAACAAUUAAAUAGUAAAACUAUUGAUUGGCCUUUAGUUUUAUUCGCUGGUGAAGCAACGGAGGAAAAAUAUUUCUCCACUACCCAUGGGGCUCUUUUAUCGGGUAUCCGAGAGUCCAAUCAACAAUCUAUCGGGGAUAGAACGUUAAAGAAACAAAAACUUUCGGGAUAA